CUGGCCCGUUACAGAAAGGAACGGAAGGGACCGUACCAACAGACUCUGGCGCUAUGUUGUCCUAAUUCUAGUGGCAGUUUUCACUGAACCAGGCGGACAUCAUGCCUUCUUCCUAGCCCGCAGAAAACAGCGGAAGCUGUAAAGUUCAAAGUUGACUAGUAUCAAGAGCAGCAGGUGACUGGUACAGCGAACUUGACGCAGGUGUAACAGUACCUUGAAGAACCUUGCAACAACUAGUAAAGCUCGUGCCGUCGCACCCGUGGAUUGUACAGGGGUGGUCCUACAUAACUCGCCCAGCCGUGUCAUUGUGAGCAUUUCACGCCCGGCUUUCAGCGCGCGGGUCGCGCGGAACGGGCCUGAAAUUUCAGGCGGCCAGGUGGAGACAUUCAAGCCGCCCCAAGUGUGACCAAAGUGCGGUAAAUCCGGGAAAAUUGGCCGGGGCAAUCUGAGACGGUACCUGCUCUUGUGAGACCGGUGUAGAAACAUGGCGAUAUUCAGGGAAAGUGGAGUGUCCAGCUGGGUGUUUGUUAUAAGUAUAACAACGACGGCACUUCUGGGGAGUUAUGGAGUCACGGCACAAGGCUCUGCUGAACUAUGCUGGGCAAACUCAACUUCAGGUCGUCUUAUUUUUGAAGUUGAAGAAAACAUGUUUGCAACAGGUGAAGCAGUUACAAACUUGGAUUUCUCUGGAACCUAUGAUGUGGACAUCUCAAACAUCACCAUAACAUCACAGACACCAGGAGGAUACUUCAGCUUAGAUCUGCAGCCUAAUGCAGACUUUGUUCCCUUGGUGUUGGAUCAGGACAUUGAUAGGGAUGGGCCUCCUGUUCUCACCAAAAUCGAACUGACAGUAUCAUGCUCAUCUUCCCUACUCAGCAAUGCGAGGGAAACAAACCUUGUUGUCACAAUAGGUGAUGCCAAUGAUAACAACCCUGAGUUUCAAGAUACACCCUAUAGCACAACUGUCAGUGAGUACACACAAGUUGGAUCAACCGUCUUCACCCUGUCAGCUUCAGAUAUUGAUAGUGGACCAAACAGUCAAAGAAUAUUUUCUUUACUCAGCAGUACUUCCUACUUUGCAGUUGGAACAACUGGAGCUGUGACCUUAUCUUCAUCACUGAAUUAUGACAUUGGCCCACAGCAGUUUGAGCUCAUUGUGCAAGUUCGGGACCAAGGUAGCCCAUCCAGAAGCUCCAACACAACACUGACCAUAGCUGUAGCUGAUGAAGAUGAUCUGGAUCCAGUCUUUCAACAUGACAUCUAUGAAGCUACUGUUGUGGAGAAUGCAACAGAGAGCCUGAUCACAUCACCUGCUGCCAUCCUUGCCUAUGACCAGGACUUUGGCAUCAACCAAACACUAGAGUACUCAAUACAGAAAGAAUUCCACAUUGCAGCAUCUUCCACACCAACAGACCUAUCAGACCUGAUGAGCUAUUUCAGCAUUGAUGGUUCAACAGGAGAGCUGUCUGUGGUGAGAGGACUGGACAGGGAGACAGUACAUGAUGUAACACUCACCAUCAAGGCAGUACAGUCAAACAACAGUGUCAGAUCAGCAGAGGCCCGUGUCUACAUCGUGGUACAAGAUGCCAACGACAACCAACCACAGAUGUCAGCCAGCCAGUACCAGGCAACAGUGGUGGAGAAUGCCCCCAGGGGGACUCCUGUACUCACUGUCACAGCUUCAGACAAGGAUGAGGGAGAGAAUGCAGUGUUCAUGUAUGUGCUGGAACCUUCAGAUGUCUUCACUAUUGACAGCACCACUGGUUACAUCAGUGUCAGCAACAGCAGUAUCCUGGACAGGGAGACCAACAACAAUUUCACACUACAGGUUUAUGCAGUUGAAACAAACACCACAGAACAGUACCGCAGCCCUACAUCCACAGUUCUCAUCACACUGUUGGAUGAGAAUGACAAUAGCCCCACAUUCACUGCUGACGAAUACAAUGCAGCUGUGCCAGAGAAUGCCAAAAAUGGAGUUGUUGUGACACAGGUGACGGCAACAGACCGAGACUCUGGUACCAAUGGAGACAUCCUCUAUAGCAUCAUAUUUGCAUCCAGUGAUGGGAAGGACAAGUUCUCCAUCAGCACAGAUGGGAACAUCACAGUGUCUGGGAGUCUGGAUGCCGACACUGUGGAGUCUUACGUUGUGGUGGUCAUGGCUGCUGAUCAAGGCGCUGCUUCAAGGGUGACCACAGCUAUAGUGAACAUCAAUGUGACCAAUGUGAAUGACAACAAGCCCCAGUUUGGUCAGGAGCAGUACACAGCACAGGUGUCUGAAGCAGCUGGAACUGGCACUGUGGUGGCUACCCUGAAGGCAACUGAUGGCGACAGGGAUGCACAGCUCACUUUUCAAAUAGAAGAAGGGAGUUUUGGCCAGUUCAACCUCUCUGAUGCAAGGGAUGGUGAAGUUCAGGUUGUGAUAUCCUCAGAGCUGGACCGUGAGAUGACUGACAGCUACAACAUCACUGUGAAAGUGUCUGAUGGAACAUUCGAUGCCACUACCCAGCUGAUUGUGACUGUACAAGAUGUGAAUGACAACUUCCCAGUGAUGAACCAGACAGGCUACACUUUUACCUUCCCAGAAGAGGAAUCUGCUUCAUAUGUAGUGGGCACUAUCUCAGCUUCAGACAAUGACACUGGCUCCAAUGGAGACAUUCUAUACUCCAUAAAACCCAGCAGCUCAGACUUCUCAGUUGACCCAAGCACUGGUCAGAUCACAACCCUUGGGCCACUGGACAGGGAAACAUCCACACAGGUUCAGUUUGUGGUUGUUGCCAGUGACCAAGGCCGACCCUCUCUGAGUUCCACAGCAACAGUGACCGUUAUUCUACUGGACAUCAAUGACAACCUGCCCACAUUCUCACAGCAAUCUUACAUGGUCACAGUUGAUGAAAAUAUGACAGAAUCUGACCUCAUAACACUACAGACUACAGAUUCAGAUUCAGACCCCAACAACAACACCAACUACAUCAUUACUGAGGGUGACACAUCUGUCUUCAGCAUUGACCAAACUACAGGGAGGCUGUCUCUUGUGACUCCACUGGACAGGGAUGGUGGGCCUGCCAACUACAGCCUCACAGUCAUGGCUUACAACACAGAGCUGUACAAUGGUAGUGGGGACAAUGAUACAGCCACUGUCGUUGUUUCAGUUCAGGACAUCAAUGAUAAUCCACCAGUCUUCACUUCUGACCCAUACGUUUCCACCAUCUUGGAAAACAUUACAACUGGAAGCACUGUAUUAACAGUAAAUGCAACAGAUGCCGACACAGACCCAGCCAAUAGGGAGAUUCGUUUCAGCAUCAUUUCGGGAGAUGACAAUGGUGUCUUCAGUAUUGACCAAAUGUCAGGGACGAUCACUGUAAUGAAAAAGGUCGACUAUGACCCACCCAGCAACAACACAGGAUUUCAACUUGAGGUUUUGGCCACAGAUGGAAUUCAUAACUCAACAGCAGUGGUGGACAUCACUGUGACUGAUGUUAACGACAAUGCACCAGAGUUCACAAAAGAUGUUUAUGAAGUAGAGGUCAAUGAGACAGCCACUAAUGGCACUGCGGUUGCCAUGGUAAUGGCCACAGACAUUGACAGUGGAGACAAUGGGAACAUCACCUACACUAUUAUCUCUGGGAAUGAGCAGAACACGUUUGCUAUUGACGGCGGUUCUGGAGAAAUCACCUUGGAAACAACACUAGACCAUGAUCAGGGGAACAGGUCCUAUCAGCUAGUUGUGGAGGCAAAGGAUGCUGGCACUCCCAUCAGGAGCAGCAAUGCCACUGUUGACAUCCUUGUUGUGAAUGAGAAUGACAAUGCACCAGUCUUCCAGAACACAACAUACAACUUUGAAGUCUAUGAGUUACAGCAACUGAUGAAGAUGAGGGUUCAAACAGCAAUAUCACUUAUUCAAUACGAAGUGGAAACAGUGAUGAAGUUUUCUACAUCGACAGUAGAACUGGGGAAAUCUUUCUCCAGACCAACAAAAGUUUAGACUAUGAGACCACCCCGGAGUAUCGGCUGUCUGUGAAGGCACAGGAUGGUGGAGAAUCGCCUCGGUCAGAUGUGGCAGAUGUAACAAUCUCUGUCAUUGGUGUGAACGAGUCUCCGCCCCAGUGUAAAGAGCAGCCUUUCCAGGUGACACUGAUGGAGAAUCAGCCCAGCCCAGUUCAACUUCUACAGGUUGAAGUCACACAUGAAGAUGCUGCUGAGGUACUGGAAUAUAGACUUGUGCAAGGACCAAACUCAACAAGUCCUUUUUCUGUAGAUUCCACAACAGGGCUGCUCAACACCACCCAAUCCCUCGACAGAGAAGAAACAUCACAAUACAGCCUAAACAUCUCUGUCUCAGAUGGUGAAAAUGUAGAAUUCUGUCAAGUUCAGGUCACCAUUUUGGACCAAAAUGACAACACCCCUCAGUUUUUCCCAAGUAAUGUCUCUCAUUUCAAUGUUGAGGAAAGUGUAGCUGUUGGGACUGUUGUGGGGCAAGUUUUUGCCAACGACACUGAUGAAGGUGCCAAUGGGAGAGUCACCUUCUACCUUAGCUCAGGGGCUGAUGGGAAAUUUACUGUGGACAGGGAAUCUGGUAUUAUCAGUGUUCUUGCAAACUUGGACUAUGAGUCACUGCAAGAUCCAAACAUCACGCUAACAGUCACUGCUUCUGAUGGUGGAGAGGUGCCUAAUUCUGCAGUAUCCACAGUAACCAUCUCUGUCACUGAUGUUAAUGACAAUGCACCAGAGUUUGACACCUCCCACUACAACUUCCAAGUGUCAGAGAACAUGAAUGCGAGCACUUUGGUUGGCACUGUCUUUGCAGAAGAUACAGAUGAGGGUGGAAAUGGAGAAGUGAGUUAUUACCUGGACCCAUCAGGUGAAGAAGUGCCCUUCAACAUCAGUAAGGAAACAGGAGAGAUCAUAACUACUGAAGUCCUGGACAGAGAAGGGGAUGCAGCAUCCUUCACAUUCACAGUCUUUGCCCAGGACAACGGCAUGCCAACUUCCCUCAACUCAACUGCCACCGUGACUGUGUCCGUCACUGAUGAAAACGACAACCCUCCAGAGUUCAACCCCUCUACAUACCAUGUGAGCAUCCUGGAACAGUCUCCUAUUGGCAUGGUUGUGGCAGAGACAUCUGCGACUGAUGCUGACGAGGGAACCAAUGCAGAACUAACCUACAGUCUGAGAGGGAACGGUACAAAGUACUUCGAUGUGGAUGAUAAAGGGCUGGUGAGGAUGAGGGAAAUCCUAACAGUAGAGAAGUUAACUGAAGAGGGACUCAUCUCUGGGAUGGUUAACGAAACAAACAGUACUACCAUCAGGUUCAGUGUGGUAGCCACAGAUGCUGGGACCCCUCCAUUGAGUGGUACAGCUGAGCUGUUUGUUACGGUAGGAGAUGUGAAGGAUGCUACGCCUGUGUUUGGGAACUCCACAUACAAUGUCAGAGUGGCAGAGGAUACAACUUCAGGAACUCCCCUGGCCUUCAACAUAUCUGCAUCAUCAGAGGACCCAGACACUGUCAUCAGCUUUGAGCUGUUGAACUGGGUGGAAAUAUUUGAACUACAACAGGGAGACAAUAUGGCUGCAGUACAAGUUAAGAGCAGUCUGGACAGGGAGACAAAAGACUCGUAUGAACUUUUAGUGAGAGCAACAGACGACAAAAUCCCUCAGCACACAGCAUACACAACGGUGGCAGUUACAGUAACAGACAUCAAUGACCAGGACCCAACAUUCCAGAGUCCCCCCUACCAUUUCAUAGUGUCUGAAGCUGCCACACCAGGCAGUGCAGUUGGUGGUGUAAUUGCAACAGACAUGGAUCUUGGAAAGAAUGGGGAGAUCCUGUACAGCAUAACUGCUGACAAUGACAAUGUCUUCAGCAUUGACAAUACAACAGGGCAGAUCACAACAGUAGGCCAACUGGAUAGAGAGGCAACAGCAGAAUACAACAUCACAGUCGAGGCUACAGACAUGGGCUCCCCACCAAGAAACACUACAGCAAUGGUGACUGUCUCUGUUGAAAAUGUUAAUGACAGCCCUCCUAAGUUCUCCAACUCUACCUUUGAAGUGUACAUUGGAGAGACUGUGAGGAUUGGCAGCUCGAUAUUUCUACUCAGUGCCGCAGACCCAGACUCUGGUCCAUUGAACAACCUGGUAUACUAUGCCAUCAAUGGGGGCAAUGAUGAUGAUACUUUCUUUGUGGAAACUCAACUAGGCACAAUUAAAACUGCUGCUAGGCUGGGAAGCAUUGACACUUACACCCUGAGUGUGCAAGCCUACAACCCACCAGCCUUUGUACCAGACAGUAGCCUGCUGGACAGCAAUGCCACCCUCACUGUGCAUGUCAACAGGGCACCACGAUACAGCAGGCAGCCCUAUCUCAAGGUCCUGAGAGAGAAUGCAACUGUCGGAACAGAAGUGGUGCAAAUCUUGACCACUGACCCUGAUGGUGAUAACAUAACCCUGAAUAUCACAG